GCGAAAGGUGCAGCUACUGGCCUGUUUAGCCAUACCCGCACUCCGUUCCCGGGCCUCUCCGACAACUGUCCCCUCGGACUCGAAGUGAUCUUACUCGGCGCCAUACGGUGUGCACCCAUCUACUCUCGAUACCGUAGCUGGGAGUACGCCAGGCCCCGCCGUUCCGCUGCCACGUCCUGCCGAUGCAUCCACUCUGGCGGCGUACCCAAGGGUCACAAUAGCAUCGACCGUGUAUUCCGAUUCGCCGACCGAGUGGCAGGGUCCGUAAAUACUGGCCUCACUGUUACACUGCGACACUGCGUGGGGUCAGCGGCUUCACCGACCUGUGGCAACACAGAUUGCGAAGACCGCUCAGUGGCUUCUCGCCAUGGGCUUCUCUGGCAAACCUAGCAAAGGCUGUCUGCCCUGUCGCCAGAAACGAACAAAAUGCGACCUAGCCCUACCUUCAUGCACACAAUGCGUGCGGAAGAAUAGGAUGUGCUUCGGCUAUCGAAAUGAGCAGGACAUGGUCUUUCGUAACGAAACCGGCUUGGUUAUUCGCAAGGUCAGGCGCAAGAAUACAGAAGACCAAUCGGGGCACCCAUCAAAUGAAGAUACGUUUGCGACAUUAGACUUGGGUGCGCUGGUUCAGCAUCCUAGUCGGAGGGCGACGCUGCAGGACGAGGCCAUCAUGCAUUGGUUGGCCAAUUUCAACGAACGCUUCUUCUCCAGUAACCCCAAUUUGAACGCUGGCUUCGAGUACAUACUACCUGUCUACCGAAGUGAUCUUGCACGAGGGGGGCCGGCGGUGGAGAUAAUCAAGGCAUGUGGCCUUGCCGCAUUAGGAAACUCAAAAAAUGCACCUGACUUGCUACGUGAGGCAAGAGUUCAGCAAAUGAAGGUGCUGCGUCGAUUAAACGAACAGUUACAGGAUCCCGAACACGCGCUAUCUGAUUCGUCUGUGCUUACAUGCCUGUUAUUAUCCUCCUUCGAAAACAUAAUGUGCGAAGGGACACACUCGAUGGCAGCUUCACAGAUACAUCUAAAAGGUGCAGCAACCCUAAUCAAACAGAGAGGUGUGUCUCAGUUCUCCAACUUGGUCGGCCAUGGUAUGUUCGUGCGUCUGAGAGGCUCUCUUCUCGCCCUCAGCCUCAUGACGAGUGAACCCCUUCCUAAAUAUUUUCUGCAGCAUCUGAAAGAAGAGGGCCACAAAGAGGAUGACUUUGAAGUUGUAUUCUUCAGCCUGCUAAGCCGCGUCUGCACCCUUCGGGCGCAGCUUAAAAAUGAGGGCUUUAUUUCCGACGCUAUGGCCGAAGAUGCCAAGGCUACAUUACAGCUCUUUGACGAUUGGCAUCCGGACUUCCCAGCUUGGGUGAUGCCGAGCGGGCAUCGGAGUUUCAAUAAGGACGCCUCGGCACCAGGCGUUAACAUGGCAUCAGACGCAGACAAAGCUCAUCGCUUUAUCUGGGUCGCAAUGUCCUGGCUCCUCUUACUCGCAGCGCGCCUCCUUGUACACGACAUCCUGAUCGUGUACUAUCGCGCACAGCAAGCCAUUGUGCCUUCUUUGGACACAGAGGCUGCCCUACAAAUCGCGACAAACGGACAAAUAGACAUCGCCCAAGACACACAAGACGCGGUGGAGUACUACUUUGAAACCCUCCUCUCUACACGAGCUACCACCCGCAGCAUUGGCGCACAUAUGCUAAUGUUGCCCUUGUCCAUACUGUUGGGUUUGAGCACAACGGGCCCGGAAACAUCGGCAUGGAUUGCGAAGAUGGCUAGUCAGAUUGCGGAUGCAUUCGCGCUGAAACAGGGGAAAAUGGUGGCAGAUUUCUUGUUGAAGGGCUGGCAAGAAAAGACGUUUGCAUUGGCUUUGGUCAAACAAUCGCCAGGUCGAACAGGUACAGCAGAUUGUUAGGAUCUGCUCGCGCGUGGCGCGGUGCAUCGGCUUAUUGUACUCCUAGACCAUGUUACGAUCACAGGAAACACAAGCAGGGAGUCGGUAGGAAAUAACGCGAAAAGAGAUAAAGCUAAUAGAAAGCAAUAAAGGAAUAGAUUAAUCUAUAAGGAUUACUAAGGACUAAUAUUACAUAAUCAUUCUCCUAUUAAGAAGAUAUUCUCCCUAGGGAACCUAGCCUUAGUAGGAGAAUCUUCUCU